CAGCCCUGUCGGAGGGACCCCAGAUGUCAUUGAUGUGCCCCCUGUUCUGGACAGAGUUCAAAGGUCACUGCUACAGAUUCUUCCCCAUCAACAGGACCUGGGCGGAGGCUGACCUGCACUGCUCUCAGUUCACUGUGGGUAGGAAAUCUGCCAAGCUGGCCUCCAUUCACAGCUGGGAGGAGAACGUCUUUGUGUAUGACCUGGUGAACAGCUGUGCUCCUGACAUCCCAGCUGACAUCUGGACAGGGCUUCAUGACCACAGGCAGGAAGGACAGUUUGAAUGGACAGAUGGCUCUCCUUACGACUACAGUUACUGGGACAGGAGCCAGCCUGGUGAUGGCAUCCAUACAGACCCAGAAGAAGACUGUGUGCAGAUGUGGUACCGGCCCAGCAGCGCACUGAGGUCCUGGAAUGAUAACACCUGCUACAGGAAGUUCCCCUUUGUCUGCAAGAUCCCAUCUCUGAGCAUUCACUGAUGCACUCCUGUCCCCUGGCAUGAACUCAGCAUCAAGAUGUCCUGCAGCGGUGUCUAGACCAAAGCUGACACUAAGCAAAUGUAAACACGCAUAGAAGGGAAGUCCUCCAGGCAGAGAUUCUCAACAAGCUGAUCUUAAUUAUUCAGUGGCCAAGAGAUAGCAGAUCAACUCACACAGGUUCCAGCAUCCUAGAUUGAACUGAAUGUUGCCAUCCUGGUCAGGUCUCCAGUUCAUGCUUGAAGUGGUCACUUAGACACAGGUUGACUGGUUAGCCCUGAUGUGGUGUGCAUCACUGAGGCAGAGUGGAAUGGGAGUUAAGACCCUCUGUGGGGAUCUGGGUAAUGAAAAUCAACUGUUGGCUGGAGGGUGUGAGCUUUGGUUCUGUUCAGAAGAGUCAGGUUUAAUUGCAAAGUGUCCAUGGAAGCAGAAAAAUUGGAUUCAGUUCUAAACUGCACCCCUUAAUAUAUGACCUCAGACAGGUUACUUCUCUUGUGAGAACCUUGAUCUGUACAGUGAACGAAAAAGAAAUAUGUUAUAAAUACCUAAAGAGUGUCAGCUUCAAAGGGCCCGAUGUGUCAGAGGAGUUCAGUGUGUGGGAGUUGUUACUACCUAUUAAUGCCAGUGAUGGGGUUCAACUCCCCAAGUUUUCUUGCCAGUAGAGUGGGCUGCAUCCAACACACGUAAGAGGAUUCAAAGAGGCAAUUUCUUGUCCCAGAGACCAGCAAGCUUUUCCCAUAAAGGAUCAUACAGCAGAUAUUUUAGAUUCAUGCACCUUCUGCAGCUGUGAAAUUCUGCCAUUGUUUGAUAGAAAGUGCUAUGAGUUCCAGACUGUGUCUAAAAACCUAAGCUUCCUAGAAUGAUCAUGUUACUGAAACACCAGACACCAAAGCAACUUGGGGAGGGUUUAUUUCAACUUACACUUUAUAGUCCAUCAUUGAGGGAAUUCAAGGCAGGAG